AUGCGGAACAGCACAGGAGGUGCUAAAGAGCCUGCAGACAGCGGGGGAAGAGGUGGGGGAAUGGGAGGGGGGAUGGAUGCUGAUAGGCGACAGACACGUCAACAAUGGCACUCCCCUUCGUUUCCACCUCCCGCAUUCACCCACCUUGCUGCGCACGAUGAAGUCACGGAGUGCGAGAAGGAAGUGGAGAGUUUCAUAAGAGUGCAUGUGCUGCUGAUAGGCGGAGGAGACCUGGAGGCACUGCGAACUAGAGUGUUUCCCCUCUCACAGUGUGCAGUGCGAUACGAUGCGAGUGCUGCUCAGACGCUAUCUGGACGCGAAUGCAACUCCCCCCUUCUCCACCUCCCCUAUUGCCUUGCAGAGGAGGUGUUGAAGAGUCUGGUGACAGUGCGAGUGCUGCCCAUAGGCAAUCUGGACGAUACAAUGUGGUUCCUCCCCGUGUCACCCCCCACCCACUCCUCUCCCCGUGCUGUAACCCACCUACCCACACCACAGAGUGCAGAGGAGGUGUUGAAAACCCUCGUGACAAGUGAAGAGGAGGUGUUGAAGAGCCUCGUCACAGUGCAAGUGCUGCUCAUAGAGGAGGUGUUGAAAACCCUCGUGACAGUGCGAGUGCUGCUGAUAGGCGACCUGGACGCGCCGCCCAAUAAAGAGGCUGUAGCGGCGGCUGUAGCGGAGUCGGUCAAGUGUGACUUGCUGCCUCUGCUGGUGUCGCGUCUGCCUGUCUUCGAUUGGGAGGCACGCAAAGAAAUGGUGCUGGUGUGGACAUACCUCCUUGCAUAUGGGGGAAAGAGGCGACGACCAAAGGGGGAUGAGGAUGAGGAUGACGAUGAGGAUGAGGAGGGAGGGGAGGGCGGGGGAGCACAAAAGGGAGCGCCUCAGGAGGAAGAGGAGGAGGAGGGACCGGCAGUGGCACUGGAGUUUGUGGAGAGGCAUACAGAGCUGGUGGAUAAGCUUGUACGCGGCUACAAGCAGAAGGAAAUUGCUCAGAACUCGGGUCUCAUGCUGAGAGAAUGCCUUCGCUCGCCAAAACUCGUCAGCCACACGCUGCAGUUCUCGAAUCUCGAUAUCAUCAUGGGCGGCUGUGACUUGCAGAACUUUGACACUGCCUCUGACGCAUUCCUCACUCUCAAGGACCUAUUGAAGCAGCAUCCGGCUGUGGCAGCAGAGUUUCUGAUGACCAACUUCGAGGAUUUCUUCAAGCGCUUUGAUCUGCUACUCAACUCAGACAACUAUGUCACGAGAAGACAAGCAAUCAAGCUGCUAGGGGAGCUGCUGCUAGACCGGGCCAACAUGCAAGUGAUGAUGCGAUACAUCGGAGAGGCACACAACUUCAAGAUCAUGAUGACUCUCAUCAAGGACCCCAGCAGAGCCAUCCAAUACGAGGCCUUCCACGUAUUUAAGAUCUUUGUGGCGAAUCCAAGGAAGCCAGAGAAGAUUGUGAAGCUGCUGGCGCGCAAUAAGGAGAAGAUGGUCAAAUUCCUCAAAGACUUUGAGAUUGACAAAGAGGAGGAAGAUUUUGAGGAGGAAAAGGAGAUGCUUAUAAGGGAAAUACAGAAUGCCCAUUACCCUGGGCUUGGAUGA